AUGAAUGUCACGAGCUCAUAUGUCAUGACAAAGAGGAUUGAUGCCAGACUCGACUCACUCUGGGACACAUUGCAAAGCCUGGCAUUCUCCUACGAGACCCAUCUUACCUCGCAAAGAUCUGUCGCUAAUCAGUACAGAGAGUUGCAUGAGUUCCUAAUGAGGGACGAGAGUCUUCUCAUGAAGACGAUCAAUGAGAGUCUAGAAAAGACCAAGACAUCAAUCAACAACAUCAUCGAUGAGAUUGCCACGAUCAAUGCACGAACAACUCACGAUCUAAAAGACUACAUUGUUGUCAAUGGAGAUGAAGAUGAUCAAGUUGAUGGCAGAGUUGGAAAGUUGGUGCAAACGAUUCAAUCAUCAAAGUCAAUCGAUCAAUUCAUUGGCAAGUCGUUCAAGGAAUGCGACGAUAUCCCCAUGUGGGGUGAUGGUCAGUUGAUGGACUUUGUAAGAAGGGUAUCACAGUCCACCCAGGCCAUACACAAUGUCAUUGAGCCAAUAUGGGUCCAGUUUGAUUCAUACCAUUUGGAGAGCGGUAUUAUGGAGCUCUUUAAUAAGUCUACCAUCAUUGAAGCUCCCAAACAAAAGACUGAACAUGGCUUCAGGAACCACAUCUUCUCAUACUGGAAUGACUCUUGCUCGAUGCUCUCAUUGGACACUGGUGAGUGGACUGUCUUUGAUGAUAAGUGCACACCAAGAAAGCGCAUAUUCAGAUCGGUUGUAUAUGCCCGAGACAGUGUCUAUGUGUUUGGCGGGGAAGGAACACCAAACACAUACUCUCGCUUCUCACUCAUCGAUCAAAAGUGGCACAAUGACCUGGAGAUCAUCGGUGUCGAUGGUGGAGAAAGCAUAUCAACAUGCUACGAUGGUGACAAGCACAUCUACUUGGUCGGUGGAUUCCACAACAACAUGCUAUUGGACCGAGUUGAUUGUUUCAACAUUGACACGCAGCAGUUCACGUCAUUUGGAAAAAUGAAGAAUGCGACCCGAUCAUCACACACAUUCAUCCAUGGCAAACUGCUGUUUGUCGUUGGUGGCUAUGUUGAUAUUGAAUGCACAACCUCACUUGCCAACGUCUGGUCAUUCAACCUGGAAACCAAGAAACGUGCCCUCUUCCUCAAGACUAAUUUCAAACCGGAAGAAGUCCUCCAGACUUGCUACGAUGGAAUGCACCAUGCUUUCAUUAUUGGCGAUGAGACCUCCCUAUUGGUCGAGCUAUGCAACGAAAGGAAGACCAAUGAGAUCUGCUUGAACAUCACCGAUCCAAACUUGACAUUAAUCAAUACCAAAACCCAUGGAUUGGUGAUAGUGGAUGGAGCUGGACACAACACCAGAUACAAAGUAUUGAAAGAUAAAUGGGUAUCGCUCAAAGACAACGACCCUGUGGAGGAUAGGCAUUCCUUUGGGACAUGUUAUAUCUAUCAUUGA